AUGCUGCUGGACGCGUACGAGCGGUGCAAAAGCUUCAUCAAGAUCGAGCUGAACGCGUCGCUUCUAGCGGGCGGCGUGGCCGGCGCCAUCAGCAGAACGCUCGUUUCGCCUUUUGAAAGAGCCAAGAUUCUCCUCCAACUCCAGGGUCCCGAGGCCCAACACGCCUACAAAGGCAUGUUUCCGACCAUCUGGAAAAUGUACAAGGACGAGGGCUGGCGAGGCUGGUUCCGGGGCAACACGCUCAACUGUGUGAGAAUAUUCCCGUACUCGGCGGUCCAGUUCGCUGUGUUUGAGGAGUGCAAGCUUCUUUUGUUGAAAUACAAGCCGCCAGGGCUGACCUUGACCGAAACGGAUCGUUUGAUUGCGGGUUCGGCGGGCGGAAUUGCCUCUGUGGCGGCAACGUACCCGUUGGACUUGGUCAGAGCGAGAAUCACUAUCCAGACUGCUUCGUUGAAUAAGCUCAACAAGGGCAGACUAGUCAAGGCGCCUGGUGUCUGGGACACACUCAAAGAUGUUUAUCGGAACGAAGGCGGCUUCUUGGCUUUGUACAAAGGUAUCGUGCCCACGACUUUGGGUGUAGCACCGUAUGUGGCUAUCAACUUUGCCUUGUACGAGCACCUCAGAGACAAGAUGGACGACUCCAAGCGGGACUUCAGCAAUCCGCUCUGGAAGCUCGGCGCUGGUGCAUUCAGUAGUUUUGUGGGUGGCUUGUUGAUCUACCCGUUGGAUCUAUUGAGAAAGCGGUACCAGGUUGCCAGUAUGGCUGGAGGAGAACUAGGGUUUCAGUACAGAAGCGUGACGCACGCUUUGGUUAGCAUUUUCAAGAACGAGGGCUUCUUUGGUGCCUACAAGGGUCUCACUGCUAAUUUGUACAAGAUCGUGCCAUCCAUGGCAGUCAGCUGGUUGUGCUACGACACCUUGAAAAUGCAUAUCGCCAGAGCCGCUCAGAUCUUGUUGAACCAAGCUAAGAAGAACGCCCGUCCCUCCGUUCCCGUUCCAGUGGAGAUGUACCCAUUGUUCGCCGCCUGUGGUGUGGCUGUGGUUUCCUUGGGUUACUUCACCUACAGACACUUUGCCUACGACCAGCAGCUCAGAUUGUGGAAGAACCCCAACCUUUCGCGUGUCGACGAGGUCUUGAACAAGGCUGCUGAGGAGGAGAAGAAGAACAAGUCCGACGAGUAA